AUGGAAAGAGAAGUGGAGCCAGAACCAGAACCAUGGGAUCGAUUCAAAGACUGGCUACAUUCUAUUUGUGUUGUAACUUUCGAUUUGGAGCUGGGACAAGCGCUAGAAGUUAUAUAUCCCGGUGAUGCGAUUUUAUCAAAUGUUGAAAAGAUAAAUAUAUGUUAUUUGGCUUUUCCGGACUCAAAUUCAAGUAAUGCACAAGACGCCAAUUUUCAUUUCAGGAUUCGAAGGUUUAUUUUUUAUUUAAAGUGUUUGUUUAAUUAUUUAAUUUUUUGUUCAGAAUUCUCGGCGAUGUCCGACCUUGUCGAAAACAACUUAUCGAAAAAUCGCCCUCAUCAUUUCCAUUCGAUCCUCAUUAUUUAUACGGUUUUGUGCAUUUUCGACAAUGUAAAGAUCCAAAAAUACAUCGCGGGUAUUUUCAGAAAGUUUGUUUAAUUUUAAUUUAAUUCUCAAUGGUUAAAAGUAAAAUACGGAUUUUCAGAGUAUUGUUUUGAUGACAACGCUGCCUUUGUUUUCGUUGUUUUAUUCAGUGACUGCCAGAAUCGCGGAACAUUUUUUCGAAAAUGGAGAAGCAGCGAUUGAAGCAGGUUUCUAAUUUAAUAUUUCAAUAAGUAAUUAAUGAAGUAUUUUCUUUAGCAUGUCAUCACAUCGACACAUGGCUUCAACCAAGUGUUGGAAAAACUCUCGAACUCCCUCUUCUUGGAUCAAUUAUCACAUGUAGAAUUCCAGCAGCUUCUGAUUUACCUUAUGAUUUUCGAAUGGAUGGAUAUGUGGAACUCUCUGAUCACACAGCAAACAAUAAAUUGUUUCGACCUGAUUUUGCGACGCCUAUUUUAAGUCAAAUUUAUCAUUUGCAAUUAAUUUGGGAAUUGGUGUUACUUGGUGAACCUCUUUUGAUAAUUGCACCAACUCCAGCAAUUUCUGCUUCUUUGGUUCAAUCAAUUGUAGCACUGAUUUCUCCGCUAAGAGUUGUUAAUGAUUUUCGACCUUAUUUUACGAUACAUGAUUCAGAGUUCAAGGAAUAUUCAUCGAAAUCCAGAAAUCCGUGAGUUAUUUGAUUUUAAUUUAUUAUUUUAUGAAACAUAAAAUUAUAUAAAACAUCUAGAAUAAAAUUCGCAUCCACAAAAUGUCCUAUUUCAGUCCUCGCGUAAUUCUUGGUGUCACCAAUCCAUUUUUCACCAAAGCUCUCGAUCAUUGGCCACACAUUCUAAAAAUCGCUGAAAAUACGGGCGAAAAAGAUGAAUCGCACAAGCCACGAAAAAAUUGGAGCAGCUCACGGACUCUUGAUAUUCCUCCAGGACUCUAUACACAAUACAAACCAUUUUUAUCGCGCGAUAAAUCACUGGCGAAAAAAUUAUUGAAAACAACGCAAGAAUCGCAGAAAAUCAGUAUAUUGCAAAGACAUUUCCUGGAGUUAACGCAAAGUUUUAUGAUUCCAAUGGAAAGAUAUUUAUCAAGUUUGAUGCCGCUCAAAAAAGAGAUGACUCCUUUUAAGGUAUUCCUAACAGUUCCAUAAACUUUUCAAAGUUUUAUUUUUUGUAGGGUAUUCCAAGUAGCCGGCCAUUUUCAAUGGAUGAUUUUUUGUCAUCUCUUGAUACAAUUGGCGGACCCUCUUUAACUUGUGGAACAAAAGGAGAUUGGUCAGGAUUGUAUAGAAAAUUUAUAAGUUGCGCUAAUUUUGGAGGAUGGUUAUCGAUGAGAGCGAGAGAUGUUAGUACACAAUUGAAAACACAUUAUGUAGAAGCAUUGUGUUCUGCUGAUUUUUGUAAGUUUUUUGUAGAGAAAAGCGUGUAUUUUUGAGCAGAACAUUGAGAAUUUUGAAUUUGGAUCCUUAAAGUUAUUCCAACUCUUAUUCUUAAAUUUUUAGCUUCAAGUUCCACUCCUAAAAUACAACAAUAAUUAUUGUUUUCAGGUUCACAAACACUGUCAACAAAGCAUAAUGUAGAAAUAGUUGAUUUAGUUUUACGGAUACGCGAAAGAAUAAUUGAACUCGGGUCCACUGAAAGUUCAGAAAAUCGCAAAAAAUUGGUGAGUUAUUUUGAGUUUAAAAAAUUAGUCAAACAAACCAGUUUUAUUUACACGAGUUUAGGUUCGGCAAAUUGUUAAAAUUUUAUCGAACGUUGAUGAAGAUCUGAAACAAUUGCUCAUGUCAAAUUGCUCGUUGCGAGAGAUUUUGGUGUAA